UAUUAUGAAGGUAAGUUUUUCGGUGCACACCGGUAAAGGAUAAACAACCUCAACGUGAUGGCAUCGUCGUUUGCAGUUCGACACCCUUUCUUCAAGAAAAAGGAGCCUACUGCCGAGAACUACACUUGUCAGAAAUGUCUGCAGAAAGGCCAUUUUACAUUUGAGUGCACGGGAAAACGCAAGUAUGUGUACCGUCCUUCACGAACCAAGGAACUGGCAAAACGAAUGAAAAUGGAAGAGGACAAACAGAAAAUUGACACAUUGACAAAGGUGACUAGUAUCCAGGACAAGAAAAAGAAGAAACAGAAGAAGAAGUCUGGAACAGAUUCCUCAUCCGACUCCAGUUCCAGCAGCAGUGAUUCCGAUAGUGACAGUUCUUUGUCAUCAUCUUCAUCUGAUUCUGAUUCUAGCAGUUCUUCUUCCUCUUCAUCCUCAUCCUCCUCAUCAUCCUCCUCCUCCAGUUCCUCUUCAUCUUCGUCCUCCUCCACAUCAGACUCUGGAUCAGACUCGGACCAUCACACAAAGAAGUCCUCCAAAAAAACUUCUAAACGAAAGAGGAAAAGGAGAAAAAGUAGAAAUUGAAGACAAAGCCAAACGUUUUACGAAUUUAUUCAGAAGUUAUGGCAUGGAGGAGAAUAUUAACAUAGUUCAGUGUUGACUGCAACUGACAACAGCCAGGAGUCAAUAAGCCAAUAUUUUUUGUAACCUGUGGCUUGUAACAGUAUUGGAAAUUGAACUGAACAUGGAAUUAUUUGGAGAUUGCCAUAAAAAAUGAAAUGAAAUGAAUAGAAUGAAAUAUUUACAGAAGCCUGUAUUUAGUGAAAGAGCCAUGUAAUUGAUUUUGAUUUCAUUUGUUUCCUUUACUGGGCCUUUUUUGUCUGGAAAUUCUUUGCUAGGUUAAAGAGCAAUUUGAUUAUUUUUCAACAUUUGAGUUUUUGUGUGAAAUUCAAAUCUGAAAAACAAGUUAGAAAUACAGGCCCAUUGGACCCUUUGUUCACCAAAUGUUACAGUGUGUUUUGCUUUCAUUUUAUGUGUAUGUAAAUUGGAUAAAUAUGACCAGCAGAUUGAAAGAAAACAUUUAAAGAAAAAACAGACAAUGAGGUGUCCUAAAAAAUUUAGGGUUGCAUUCACAAGAAGGGGAGAUAACUUGGUAACUUAUCGAGAAUGAAAACACAUUGAAGGAACAGACUAUACAUGAACACAAAUAUGAUAUAUAACACUUUAAAGGAACAGUUUAUACAUGAACAUAAAUAUGACAUAAAACACAUUGAAAGAAAAGACUAUACAUAUAUUAUGACCUGCAAGCAGAAUCAACAUUUUUAAGAAACAGACUAUACAUUCCAAUACUUUCACUCUAAAACAAUUGUACAAUUAAUACACUUGAAUAUAAAUGGUGCAUUUAACAUGUAAUGAAGUAGCCCUUGGCUACAUUGAAUAUAAAUUCUGUAUCAAUAAUAUUAUUUGUUAAUGGUAUGUGUGUGAUUGGUCAGUUGUGGCGAGUUGAAUAUGUGUGAUUGGUCAGUUGUGAUAAGUUGAAUGUAUUUGAUUGGUCAGUCGUUAUAAGGGGAAGGUGUGUGAUCAAUCAAGAUUAGCUAUGGGUGGUUGCUCAGUUGUAGUAAGAGAAUGCAUGACAUGUGUAUUGAAGUGCAAAUGAAAUUUUUAAACCCAAAUUAAAAGUAACAUGUUUUAUGUUGGAUUGAUAUUUUCUGGCCUGUUUCACAGUUUGUGUUCUUGUUGUAGCUUAAUUAGCACUUAUCUUAAAAUAGACAUUGAAUAAUGAUCAUAGCUGGCUAGAGGUGACAGCCAUCAUUUUUGUUAAACUGUAACGUUGAACUUACUGACGUUCAGUCACUGUGAUAUCAGACUUUCUCUGUUAUGGUGAUUAAGUAUGUUAAAAUGACAACACGUAAUGAAUACAUUUUAGGGAAAACUUUCAUACAAGAAAAUUUUCAUCCAAAGAAACAAAAGAUUUCACCCAGGGGUAACUUUCACUUUCAGACAAAAAAUUUAUUUUUGACAUGUUUUAAAUUUCUUUAGACUUAGUAAGUAGUGAAACUUUAACUUUAUUGUUAAAUUUGACUUAAUUUAAACUUAACUGUGGCAAACGUUUCUCAGUACAAAUGUAUAUGAUAUAUAAUACUACCUACUCUCCACUUGCAGUACUUCUGCAGGGACUACAGAUUUCAUUUGGAGUUAUGGUUCUUUGAUUAGGUUUAAUUCCAAUAUUUUCCUGAAGGAAUUAACUUGUGUUCAUACUAUGGAUAAUGCAUUUGAAGGAAAUAUAUUUUACAUGUAUUGAUAUUUUGUUAAAAUUUUUAUCUAAAAAUGUCGUUGAACACAUCAAUAUUUUUGAUAAAUGCAGAAAAUAAGUUCAUGUGGACAACACUUUUACUGUUAUUGUGGGAAAUUAAUCAAAUAAUCUGAUGUUUACAUUUAUUUUGAAAUUAUUUAUAUAGACUAAGAUUAAGUAAGUGAUUACUACAUAAAUCAAAUAUGAACUUGCAGUAUAUUCUAUUUUAAGUUAGUAAAAGUGUAUCUGAUAACUAGGUAUCUAUUCAUGCAAGUGGCAGAAAUAAUAUAUUAAUAAUAUUUUCUGUAUUUCAAAAAAGCUGAAUAUUUUUGCUAGAGCAGCGAUUGCUGAGUAAUGCUAGUUGAUUUAAGAAUGAUGUUGUCACAAUACCUAGACUUUAUAUGUAUAUGGGGUCUUCAUCUUCCUGUAGUUCUUUACGAAGAGAAAAACAGGAUUUCUCCCUCUUUGUUUGGUUAGGCAACAUCUUCAAAUUUGUAUGGUAAGACUAUUAAAAUGAUUAUUUUCUUGCA